AUGGGCGCACUGGAUCUAGAUCAGGAUAUUACUCCUAUCCCCCGGUCUCGGGAGGAGAAUCAGGAGAGAGCCUUUAUUGCUGCGUCACGCCGCAAGGAUCGCAGCUUAGAUGCUCGUCUGGAAUCUGCCAACCGUGCCUCCCUGCUGCAUAAAAAGCGCACUGGCAAGGCUUUCCAUAUCACCAAGGAGAUUGUCGAGAAAGAAGCCAUGUAUGAGGAAAUCGAUGAGCGCUACCAAGAGAAACGCAUCCGCAUGCUGCAAGCACAGAACCUGCAAAUCGAAGAGCAGUUCCACCGUCAUUUACUAGCUGCUUUCGCCGCUCGAGCCAACAGUAGCUCAGCUUCUUCUAUUGCGAGUCGACGAGCCAGUGUCGCUCCCCGCGCCUCGGUCGACGGUGGCUCUGGUUCUUCGCGCAAGAUGAGCCUGGAUCUUUCUAAUCUACGGUCUCCCUUUCCCCACGGCAUGGAUACAAACUCCUUGACUAGCCCCAUGACGAACAGCGAUGGCUAUAUGAUGUCGCCCUCGGCAAACUACGACCCCAAUGCCCAGUCGUAUAUGAGCUGCAUGGACGGCUCGGACGGCUCGGCCUACUCCAACAUGGUUGCAUCUGCAACUACCGCAACCCCCUCGGCGCAGAUCCCAGCCUACGUCGCUCAGCAAAAUCAAAUUCCAAGCUGGCCAGCACAAAUGCAAUGGGCAGCCAUGCCCCAUCAAGUUCCCACCCCCAACCAGACCCCGACAGACAGCCAGGCCGUGUACAUGUGGCAGCAGCAAAUGAUGCAGCAGGCGCAAAUUCCCACCAAUCCGGCAAACCAAAUGCGCCAGUUCAGAGAUCGUCUUGCGUCUGCCCCAGAACUCCCAGUGCACCCGGCUGCUGCACAGCAAGCUCCUGCCGCCUCGAUUUCCGGCCCCAGUGGAUUGGGUCACUCCCGCGGCUCUUCCCAUCCCACUAAUAACUUCCACAACCUGCAACUUCUCACUCAAGGCACCCACCUCGCCCAUAUGGGUCCGUCCAAUACCAGCUCGCCGAAGAUCGAGGCCCUUUCCGCAGAGUCUCAGUCCACCCCGGACUUCUGCCCAACUCCAAAUACCCCCCCUCUCGCCUACUACCAUUGGUGUGAUGCCUGCUACCAUGCCCACUACUAA